AUGGCGACCACCUGCACGGUCCUCACCGGCGCCGUGCGUGCCGUGAAGCUGCUCAAGGUCGACAGUUUCCGCCUGGCGUACAAGACCAUGCGCGAAGGUGAGUUCCUCAGAACCAGCUGGAACGUCGACGGCCACGACGUCGAAAUCCGGUGGUACCCUGGGACAGCGAUGGCACCGGUCGAGCUCGUGUUCCUCACCAAAACUGCAAGCACCUGCAACGUGAGGGCGAGCUUUGGCUGUCUCCUGGUACACCCGAGGCUGCCGCAGCCGCACAAUGGCAACGAAGAAAAGACCGUGUGGCAUGUGUUCAAGCAUCCCAAGGACUGUUCGCUUCCAGUCUCGCUUGUGGACAGACCCGUUCUGUUGGACCAGACUUCACGCCAAGGAGACUACUUGACCGUCCAGUGCACCGUCACGAUUCUGAAGGAGCUCGCUUAUACGACAACGACGGUGCCUGCGCCGGCAUCCAACAUGCACCAGCACUUCCGGGAGCUCCUGCUGAACGGGACGGGAGCAGACGUCACGUUCCUCGUCUCCGGCAAGGCCUUCGCCGCGCACAAGCUCGUGCUGGCCGCGAGAUCCCCGGUCUUCAUGGCCGAGUUCUUCGGGGACAUGAAGGAGAAGAGCUCCCGGCGCGUGGAGAUCAAGGACAUGGAGGCAACCGUGUUCGGGGCGCUGCUGGAUUUUAUCUACACCGACAAUGUUCCUGAACUUGACCGGGAGCUGGAGGCCGUGGCGACGAUGGCUCAGCAUCUGCUUGCGGCGGCUGACAGGUACGGGAUUGACAGGCUCAAAAUUAUGUGCGAGGGCAAGCUCAUCGGUGGCAUCACUGUCGACACGGCGGCGACUACUUUGGCUUUGGCAGAGCAGCACAAUUGCCCGCACCUCAAGGAGAAGUGUGUCGAGUUUAUCAUCAGUACUCCUGCGAUCCUUGAUGCCGUGGUGGCGACGGAGGGGUCUAAGCAUCUGGAGGCAAGCUGCCCUUCUGCGCUCACUAGCAUUGUCCUGUCUACGCGUGGGAGAAGGAACUGA